AUGCGACUUUCUUCACGUAACAAUCACAGCCAAAACAAAAGUCAAAAUAACCCAUUUUCCCACCAGAAAGCCGACUUUCAAAUGAGGCGCCAUCGAUCGGCCGCCAUUAGCCGCUCGGCGGCCGAUUUGAGCUGUUCGAGGCGCGCGCAGAACGAGUCGUUCCCUCGAGCCGUCCACAUCAUGCGCCCGAUUCGAGCGAGACUUUGCGGUUUUGGACUUUGCCUCUUUCUCGUCUUCCGUCUUCUCGAAUGCCAGUCGCCAGCCCUUCAGCCGGGCCUCGAAGCGGAUCAGUCCGAUUGCCAGCCGCAGUGUCGAAUAGCGGCCGAGGAGUGCUCGCGAUACCUCAUUCAUCAUAGGCCCUGUUGUCGGCCGUUGCGAUGCCAACUGAGGCCGGAAAGCGCGUACAACGGAGUCUGCGUGAACUGCAUUGAAGCGGAGAACUUCUGCACGAACAGCCUGGAGUGUUGCAAGGGUCUAAAGUGUAUGUACAACUUUUGCCUUGACCCCGGCUAA